GCACCAUGAGCGCCCCGAGGCAGGUGGUCAACUUCGGGCCCGGGCCUGCCAAGUUGCCGCGCUCGGUAUUGUUAGAGAUACAGAAAGAACUAUUAGACUACAAAGGAAUUGGGAUUAGUGUUCUUGAAAUGAGCCACAGGUCAUCAGAUUUUGCCAAGAUUAUUAACAACACAGAGAAUCUUGUGCGGGAAUUGUUAGCUGUUCCAGACAACUACAAGGUGAUUUUUGUGCAAGGAGGUGGGUCGGGCCAGUUCAGUGCUGUCCCCUUAAACCUGAUUGGCUGGAAAGCAGGAAGGUGUGCCGACUAUGUGGUGACAGGAUCUUGGUCAGCUAAGGCUGCAGAAGAAGCCAAGAAGUUUGGGACUGUGAAUAUCGUCCACCCCAAACUUGGGAGUUACACGAAAAUUCCAGAUCCAAGCACCUGGAACCUCAGCCCGGACGCUUCCUAUGUGUAUUAUUGCGCCAACGAGACCGUGCAUGGAGUGGAGUUUGACUUCAUCCCUGAUGUCAAGGGAGCCGUGCUGGUUUGCGACAUGUCCUCAAACUUCCUAUCCAAGCCGGUGGAUGUUUCCAAGUUUGGUGUGAUUUUUGCUGGUGCGCAGAAGAACGUGGGCUCUGCUGGGGUCACGGUAGUGAUCAUCCGCGAUGACCUGCUGGGGUUCGCACUCCAAGAGUGCCCCUCGAUCCUGGAAUACAAAGUACAGGCUGGAAACAGCUCCUUGUACAACACGCCUCCAUGCUUCAGCAUCUAUGUCAUGGGCUUGGUCCUGGAGUGGAUUAAGAACAAUGGCGGUGCAGCAACCAUGGAGAAGCUCAGCACCAUCAAAUCGCAGAUGAUUUAUGACGUUAUCGAUAAUUCUCAAGGAUUCUACGUAUGUCCAGUGGAGCCCAAGAAUAGAAGCAAGAUGAAUAUUCCAUUCCGCAUUGGCAAUGCCAAAGGAGACGAUGCUUUAGAAAAAAGGUUUCUUGAUAAAGCUCUUGAACUCAAUAUGAUCUCCUUGAAAGGGCAUAGGUCUGUGGGAGGCAUCCGGGCCUCUCUGUAUAAUGCCGUCACGAUUGAGGAUGUUCAGAAGCUGGCGGCCUUCAUGAAGAACUUUCUGGAGAUGCAUCAGUUAUGAACACAUCUUAACCAGUGUAUACUCUGCCCUUGAACAGUGUAUAACAUUUAAAGUAACUUGGGAAUGACGACAGAAAUUUAGUGAACACGGUAUUUUUCUCAAGGGAACGUGCUUAUUAUAGAUGUCAUGUUUUCAAAGAACAACAACAAAACAUCCACAGCUCUGCAGAGCUGGUGGGACUUAAAGGCCCCCACCUUAAUUCUGACUUGAACUGGAAGUUUUUUUUUUUUUUAAUCUUCCUUUAGCUUUUCUAGCGAAUUCUGGCUAACUUUGUCUUUGCUGCUACUUUUUCUGAGUAUUCAAACUUGCCUGUGGACUUAAUUAUGCAGAUCGAAGUUGCUUAUUUCUGGAGACACACAAACACAGCAUGGAGGCUGGGUAGGGACCUCUGGGUGCUGAAUCUUGAUCCUUUCCACAAUGACAGCAUUGGGGUCUCC